AUGACGGUGGAGGUGGACAAGUCUUCCUUCUAUGGACUCCAAGAAGAUCAUCUCCGGCUCAGUGACUCGAGCAACACGGUCUGUGACCUGGAGAGGUACUCCAACAGCACCCACAUCGUCGGGGUCAUCCCCCUGAAUGCCUGCGGCACUCAGAUCGAGGAGGACGACGACUACCUCUACUUCAAGAACGAGAUCACCACGGUUGAGGACACCCACCCGUCGCUGAUCACCAGGAAGCACCUGGUGGAGGCUCGGUUCUUCUGCCAGUACCCCAAGAAGGGGAAUGUGACCCUGGGGUUCACAGCCCACAGGAAGAAUGUCACCGUGUGGGAGAGGGGCUUCGGCACACUCACCUACCAGUUUGAGUUCUACCCUGAUACCCAGUUCAGGUCCAUGAUCGACCCAAACUCCUACCCACUGGAGUAUGACGUCGGGGAGAGGAUCAACAUGCAGAUUGAAGCCUCCACGUCACUAAACAACACCGAAAUGUUUGUGGAGUCCUGCAGAGCUGCGCCCUACGAUAACCCCAACUACCACCCGACCUACUCCAUCAUUGAGAACGGCUGUGCAGUGGACCCGACUGUUCAGAUCUACUCACCCUCCCAUGAAAAGCAGUUCCAGUUCAGCAUGGAGGCCUUCAAGUUCAUCGGCCUGCACGACCAGGUGUACAUCAGCUGCUCAGUCAUGAUGUGUGAAGCGGGGAACCCCAACACCAGGUGCGCACAGGGCUGCACGAACACCACCUGGUUCGGUGGUCACCACCAUCACAAGAGGGAAGCUGUCAUCCAGAGCGGCGCCCACCUGGUGUCCCAGGGUCCCUUGCGCCUCAGGAGGUCUGCGGACAGCAUCUCAGCCGCCACCCUGAACAUGAACCUGGUCUUCGUCGUGGGGUGCCUCCUGGCGGCCGUCGGGAUGGUCUGCGGCGUGGUGGCGUACAGAACCAGGACCCAAUGGCCGGUACCAAAUGGUGAGAUGUCCCUCUCUUCCCAUCAUCAGGCCUCUGUGGAUCACCACAGAGAGAUGGCACCCAUUCCAGACACUCCCCAGUAA